AUCUACAUCAGUUAUUGUCUUAAAUAGGUGCCACAUAUAUUCUUUCUCUUGUAUGGUUUCUGGAUUUUCUCUGCAUCUAUUUAUAAAGAAUUAGAAUCAGUUUUGUUAAUCAAGCUCUUCUAAGUUUUUCUGUGGGAGAUGGGGUUGGUGUUCCUUAUUGUUUUCUCUCUUCUUGCUAUAGCAUCUUCCCUUGUGGAAGAUAUUAGUCACAAGACAUGCUUCAAGGAAUUUAAAGGGCACCAUCAGCUUCACAAUCUCAGCAAACAUGGUAUACACCUAUCCUUACACCAUGUUCAUGGGCCUUGCUCCCCUCUGGCAUCAACCUCGCCGUUGUCGCUCUCCGAUAUCCUCGCUCUCGACGAAGCACGAGUCCGAGCUCUCAAUUCUAGGCUAAAGAAAAACCACAAAACCUCUUCCAAAUCAAGAUCAUCAGGUCAGCUAGAACCAAAAUCAGUUUCCAUUCCUUUGAAACCUGGAACAUCCAUUGGAACAGGAAACUACUAUUCCAUGAUUGGUCUUGGAAACCCUACCAAAUACUAUGCCAUGGUAGUUGAUACAGGUAGUUCCUUCACUUGGCUUCAAUGUCAACCUUGCUCUGUCUACUGUCAUAGCCAAGUAGGGACCACUUAUGAUCCACAGACAUCAAAAACACAUCGUUACAUGUCGUGUGACACUACACAAUGCAAUAGCCUUCAAGAAGCCACUCUCAAUGCUCCCGCAUGUAGUCCAUCAAAUCUUUGUAUAUAUGAAGCAAGCUAUGGUGACAGUUCGUACUCUGUCGGGUACCUUAGUAGUGAUACAUUGACCAUAGCACCAUCACAAACCGUACCCGGAUUUGUAUACGGGUGUGGAGAGGACAAUGAAGGCUUAUUUGGGCAAUCCGCCGGCCUGAUGGGUCUUGCCCGGAACAAACUCUCUUUGCUUGGUCAGUUAUCCAACAAAUACGGAUAUGCGUUCUCGUACUGUUUACCCACAUCCGGAUCCAUUGGGUCAUUAUCAAUUGGGUCGGUAAAUCCAUCGAUGUAUUCAUUCACACCUAUGCUUACCAACUCUCAGGAUCCGACAUUGUAUUUCUUGCAGUUGACGGGUAUAAUGGUAUCGGGUCAACUUAUACGGGUACCCGCAUCUGCGUAUAGGACUGCAACCAUAAUUGACUCCGGAACUGUAAUCUCACGUUUGCCUACGGCGGUAUAUACGGCUCUAAAAAACUCAUUCGUAAAGGCAUUGUCGAGGUAUACGCGGGCCCCAGCAUACUCUAUACUGGAUACUUGUUUCAGGGGGAGUGUUGCUUCAAUAGGGAAAGCCAUACCCGAGGUCCGAUUGAUAUAUCUAAGAGGGGCUGAAAUGAGGCUAAGUGCUCAAAAUGUUAUGUUGGAUGUGGACAAUGGGGCCAGCUGUUUAGGGUUUGCAGGUACCUCUGGUACAGGUGGGAUUGCAAUUAUUGGGAAUCGUCAGCAAGAAACGUUUAAUGUUGGUUAUGAUGUUACUAAUUCAAGAAUUGGAUUUGCAGCUGGUGGGUGUAGAUGAUUGGUACAAGUGUUAAAUUAUCAUUGGCUAUAAAAAUAGUAAUUUGAAUUCCCCGAAUGUAGAAGCUUGAAUUAA